CUUCUUCUCCUUUUCAUCGUCGUGCUGCGACCGCGCUGCAAUAAGAAUAGGAAAAACCGCAUUAAACUCGCUGAAAAAGUGCGCAAAUUGGCUUUAAAAUAUUUUUCAAAUAUAGUGUUACGUAUAUCAUAGAAAAGUUUCCGGAAUUCGAGAGCAGAACGGCUGGAAAAAGGCCCCGACAAAUACAGUAACUAAGUAUAGUAAAAGUGGGAUUAAAUGGCCGCCACUACCACAACCACAACACUAGCGACAACAACCACCGGCAAUAGCAGCAUCAUCAAUAACAACAAUAAUCACAACAGCAGCAACAAUCACAUUGUAACGGUACACACCGUUCUGAACACUCCCACCAGCAUUGCAGCCGCUGCCGCAGCAGCCGGCGCGGCCGACGCCGCCACUGUUGCCAUCGCCAAGGACAUGUUGCAGCUGCAUCAUGGGGCUGCAGCAGUGCUGAACAACAACAAUAACAACAGCAGCAGCAUCAACAGCUCGGAACUGACGGCCGCCAGCAGCAACAACAACAACAACUCAGCAAACCACCCACCUGCCACCACCUCCUCCGUAUCCGCAUCCGCAGCGGGCUCGGCAACGACACCGCCGUAUGGAGAGCUGCGCUUCAAUCAGGAAGUGCUGCCCAUCACCGAUACUAUCACCGUGAUCGGGCGUAACUCCUCCACGUCGCUGGUGCAUUUCAAUGUGGCCGAGAACAACCUUGUCUCGCGGAAGCACUUCCAGGUGCUCUACGACUUGGAGGUUCGCGCCUUCUUUGUGCAGUGUCUCAGCAAGAACGGGAUUUUCGUCGACGAUUUUCUGCAGCGCCGCAACGUGGAUCCUCUGAGGCUGCCGCAGCGAUGCUUCUUUCGCUUCCCCAGCACGGAGAUUCGGAUAGAGUUUGAGAGCUACGUGGCCGCCCUGGCGAACGUUGUUCCCGACGCUGCCUCCUCCCCAGCCCUGGCCACGGUGGCAGCUAGCCAUGCGGGAAACAACCUCAAUGCCAUAGGCAGCACUGGUGCCAAUGUCAUCAUCACACCGCCGCCAAGAGACGAUCUGCAACAGCAGCAGCAGCACCAUCUCACCCAACAUCAGCAGCAACAGCAUCAGCCAGCGCAUCACCUGCUACAACAGCAGCAGCAGCAGCAGCAACACCAGCAGCUGCCUUCGCUCCCCCCACUCCCUCAUGCACCUCUCCUAUCUCACCCGCUUCACCAUUCAGUCCUUCAGCAGCAGCAGAGGGGCGGAAAUGUCGUUGUGGUGCCACAGGCAGUGCCGACUAAUCUGAUCAGCGCAGUUGACAGUCCAGGCAUCUACGCACCGCUCAAGAUAUCCAUACCCAAGAAGGAGCAGAAGAGCCCCUAUCUAUCACCAACUGGUACAAUUAGCGCCGCCAACAGCUGCCCGGCUAGUCCUCGUCAGGGUUUCCAUCAGAAUCAGCCCAACAAUUACAACAACUACAGCAACAAUAAUACGGUAACUAUCCAUGAGGAAUUAACGUGUAAAAUAUAUUCCCUUAUAUUUGACCGUUUUGAUUUACAGCAGGAUCUGUUUCAGACUCCCUCCACAGCCAGCUAUAACCACAACGAGAAGCCGCCGUACAGCUACGCUCAGCUGAUUGUCCAAGCAAUAUCCGCCGCACCAGACAAACAGCUGACGCUAUCGGGCAUUUAUUCAUUCAUUGUCAAGCACUAUCCGUACUACCGCAAGGAAACGAACAAGGGCUGGCAGAAUUCCAUUCGUCAUAAUCUCAGUUUGAAUAGGUAUUUCAUCAAGGUGGCUCGCUCCCAAGACGAGCCAGGCAAGGGCUCCUUCUGGCGCAUCGACCCGGACAGCGGGGCCAAGCUUAUUGAUCACAGCUACAAGAAGCGUCGCCAGCGCAGCAGCCAGGGUUUUCGUCCGCCCUAUGGCAUGCCACGUUCGGCGCCCGUUUCCCCAAGCCACAUGGAUAACUCACGCGAGAGCUCGCCUCUUCAGGAUAUUGUGCUGCAAUCAGCACCUGGAUCGCCAGGCAUGUCGAUGGAACAGCGCGCUGCUGAUGCCGAAAUCAUCUAUAAUUCUCAGAAUGCACAUCAGCAACAGCAGCAGCAGCAGCAGCAACAACAGCAGCAGCAGCAGCAUCAACAGCAGCAAACGCUGUCCAAUAAUUCCAAUCAGUACAGCAGCGGCAGUCCGUACUAUGUAACCAAUCAAAAUUCCGGCGUAGCCGUGCAGCAGGCGCAUACAGACGGUGGUGUGAGUGCAGGAGGUGUCGGAGCUUUGAUUGCGCUAAAGCGAAACCAUGUGACGGCCGGCGGACAACACCCGACCACUGCCACGCUUCACCAUCAGCAGCAGGCGGCGGUGCAGCAGCAGCAGCAACAACAGCAGCAGCAUCAAGAAAUUAUCUACGAGGAGUUGCCAACCGACUACAGUGGCCACAUCGAGGCCAGUGAGGAGGAGUGCGUCACUACUGCCGAUGCCACCGUGGCCAAAAGGCCCAAAUAUGUGUCCGAGGUGCUCUGAUGCGUGCGAAUUCAAAAGCAUAAGCCAAGCAAGGGCAAAUAGUAGGAGCAGCAAGAGCCGGCGGACGGACGGACACGGAAACUCAGUAAAGAUCAGCAAGCAGAGCGGAAGGGAACGAAAAAUCCGGAGCGCACGCGUAGAGAUGAUUUAGAAGCAAAACAAAAAGUAUCUCCAUCUUGUAUAUUGAAUUUGCCAAUCCAACAACCUAGAAACCUAGAAAAAAAAGAAUCCAAACAAAAUACCAAAACCCGAACGCGAACGAAAA